AUGUCGGAUUCCAUUGAGACUAUUGGUAAUAGCUUUAAUAUGACCCCAAAUUUUGCGCCCUCGCACUCAAGUGUAACAACCGCUGACGGAUCUUCUAUUUCGGCGGAUAACGAGGCCGCAAUCGCUCGUUGGAGAUUUAACCGUGCGAGAACUGAAAAAGAACACGCGGCUUUCAGAGAGCGCAUGCAGUUUCAGUCAGCCGACUUUCAUCAAUUUCUCGCGGAAACAGCUAGAACCUCUCCAAAGGUCGCGGUGCCUUCUCCAGCAUGGGAGAGCAUCCCCUUUCCUGUCCCAGUAAGCACCUCCACCAUUAUUGAGGAAUCUGAUGAUCAGCAUUCCGAGAUGAAUGUCAGUUUGGAUGAGACUCAAGAAGUUCCUCGCCGUCAAGCCACUCCAAUGGAUUUUAGUCUUGGAAAUCAACAGAAUCAAGCAGCUCUGGACAUUCCAGCUUUUAGCUUUGAUUUUCCAUCUUUCGAUGAUAACCUAGGUAGUAUCGAAUUACAGUCGUUCCCAGAAAGUGAGCUUCAUACCAACGCUCAACCUUCUGCCGGUAACCAACAGACGAUGAUUACCGUUGGCGCCGUCUUCGAACUUCCACGCAAUCCAUCCGAUGUUCGUUAUCCUUUUUCCAGAGCUUCUAACAUGGCUACUGCUCAAGACCUUACUCACUCCGACCACAACCGCUCCGUUACUCACGUUGAUGCUUUGGGCGAAUACGACGAUGGAUUUUACAACCAAGCUGGUGUUGGUGCUAGGGAUGAAAAGGAAGAGAGAAACUGCUUGUUAUUGCCUUUUGGAUGGAUCAAGCGCCAGCUUGGCAACCUCCGUCACCUCCUCUGA